CGUGGUGCGGAGAAAUUCUAUUUUGCGUCAUGAUCGUGCCCCAUAGCUAUCAUUGGGGAUGACUCUUGUCUGCGUGACGCUCAUCGACGCCGAGAAAAGAAAGCAGACCCGCGGCUGCUCGCAGCAAUUUCAAAUCCUUCAACGCCAAACCGCACACUCUACAAUCAUCAUCAAGGAAAAUGACAGAAGGGUAUCAGAGAUCAUCAAUACAUGUCAAGAGAAGGAAGGUCUCAGUGACGACGUUGCCGUACUACGGUGGUGACCCAGCAACGGCCAGCAUCUGACACACCGUCAGCCUUUGUGCUACCGACGAGGCCAAAACGGGUCAUGCGGCGGCAGCGUGCCGAUCUUCACAAGAAGAAAGAAGGAAAAGCGCCGCCGGCAUGCACGCCCGAGCCAACAAAGAAACAAGCAAGAUACAGAAAAGGAAAGCAGAACUAACUAGUCGUCAACCGGGGUGUGGUGCGGAUGCGGGGCGGCGACAUGAGCCCGCUCCAAGGUGUUGUUGGGCGAGCAGUGCUGCG